CUGGCCUGCCAAUUCUUGGAAUCCCGUCAGUCAUCUCGUCGUCGGCUCUUCGCCUCUUCUAGGGCUUCGAUCUCUGCUCAUCCUCAUUGCCGAUAUCAGUUCCCCGGUUUGUGGAGUGGGAAUUUCGGAUGGCGUCCCUCUUUAAGGAUCCGAGUAAGCUAUCCGCGUACAGGGAUCGAAGGUUUCCUGGGACGCAGGAAGAGUUCGAUGAGGCACUACAAAACUCGACUACUGUUUAUAUUGGGAACAUGUCGUUUUACACGACCGAGGAGCAAGUUUACGAGCUCUUCUCUCGUGCCGGAGAGAUAAGAAAGAUAAUUAUGGGUUUGGAUAAGAACAGCAAAACCCCUUGUGGCUUCUGCUUUGUACUCUUCUAUUCUAGAGAAGAUGCUGAAGAUGCUGUUAAAUAUAUUAGUGGAACAAUUCUGGAUGAUCGUCCCAUUAGAGUUGACUUUGAUUGGGGGUUUCAAGAGGGCAGGCAGUGGGGGCGUGGAAAGAGUGGUGGACAAGUCCGGGAUGAAUAUCGCACUGAUUAUGAUCCAGGCAGAGGUGGUUACGGUAAACUAGUCCAAAAAGAGUUGGAGGCCCAGAGGCAGUUAGUGGAUUAUGGUGCGGGAUCAUUAGGUUCAUUUCCACCUGUAUUGCCACCUAACUUUGGUAGGCAUGGUGGGCAUUAUGGUCAUGGUGCUUCUCACCGACAUGGCAGGGAUUACCCCCGUAAGAGACAAAGAGAAGAUGACCGUCGGGGUCCGGAGUUCCCGAGGAGAAAGUCGGACUAUGUAUAUCGAAGAAAUCCAGACAAUGAGUCCAGACCUGAAAAAAAUCCACGAUUUCGUGAGAGCGGUGAUUCUGAUGAGGACGAGGAGGAUGAUAGUAAGCAGCAAUCUUAGAGGCAGUUUCAUUCAUGAUCGUAUAAGAAGUUUAUCAGAAGGUCUUUAUGCUUUGCUUUGCUUUUAGUCGGAGGGGUGUGUGGCAUUGUUCAACUGCUGUACAAAGCAGGCAGCAGCAGCAGCAGUUGGUUCAAUAUCUGCCAUUGUGUCCAUGUCUUUUUCUUUUAAUCGAAUGAAUAUAUGCCAUCCCCAUCCCCAUGUAUAUCAUAUGAUAUCAUAUCCCAUCGGAGUGUGAGUGUGAGUGUGAGUGUGAGUGUGAGUGUGAGUGUGAGUGUGUCUGUGACCUGACCUGACCUGACCAGCCGGACAAUUAUAUGAUCUGUUAGAGCGAACCGGACCAACUGGGAGUUCGUUUUAUCAUCGUCCAUCAGCAGCAUCUUUCAACUGCCAUUUUGUUUGUACGUCUUGCCUUAACUUGCCUUGUUAGAUUAGUUGCUACUAUACUAGUUGUUAAUGAAUGAACUAACUGCUGCGAUGUAGCCUGCUGUUUGUGUGAUGUGAAUGACUCAGCGCAACUGUGAUAUAUACAUGACUGACACAUACGCACUGACAA